AUGUCAGUUUCGCAACAACCACACACGAAUGCUAACACGAAUUCGACACCUCAUGCACAGCCACAACAGAAUGCCUAUGGUCACCCAUUCCAUCCAUACGACAUUCAAUUACAAUUGAUGACUUUCCUCUAUGACUCGUUGUUCUUGGAAAAAAAAGUGUUGAUUGUUGAAUCACCAACGGGGACAGGCAAAACGUUAUCUUUGAUAUGCUCGACUUUAACUUAUUUGAGAGAUAUUAAGCCCGAUUUGAUCAUUAACCAUUCGACAAGUACAACAAAAAAAAAUAUACCAAGUGCUAAUAAUACUAAAGAAGAACAAAGCUCUGAUGAAUUUAGUGAUUUUGAUUCGGAUGAUGAGCCGGAUUGGGUGAAAGAGUCAUAUAGAAACAGCAUAAUAGACGACAAGAUUAGACUUAUUAAAGAUUAUGAGACCCUAUUGCAAGAUUUAUCACUGAGCUCUUCCAAGGAACAAAUAUUGUAUAACUUGGAUUCCACUUCGAACAAGACAACGAAAAGAAGAAAAUUGGAUAGUAAUAAAAAUAAAAAUAAAAAUAGACCGCAAAUAUCCGUUGCCAUUGAUGAAAAAGAUCUCUUGUUAGAAGAUUAUCAUUCUAACAAUGAAUUGAACCAAGGCGAUGAUGAUAUUGGUGAUGCUACUAAUUCAAAUACACAAGGCACUUCAUUAUCUAAAGAAAUCUCCUCAUUAUUAAAUAAAUUAAACUCCACUAAUGAUGAAAUGGAAAUUGAAAAAAAUAACCAAUUAUCUCAAUCGACCAAUUUUAUCAAUCCAAUCAAAAUUUAUUUCACUUCAAGAACUCAUUCACAAUUGAAUCAAUUCGCUUCACAAUUGGAUUUAAUUAAUUCCAAAUUUAAAUCUUCUUUUGAGAAAUUUGAUAUUACCAAGGAGAAAAUUAAAUAUUUACCCCUAGCAUCAAGAAAACAAUUAUGUAUUAACUCUAAAAUCACUUCAAAAUAUAACACAGUGGAAUCUAUUAAUGAAGCUUGUAUUGAUUUAAUUAAUUCCAAAGAAGGUUGCCCCUAUUAUGAAAAUUAUAAAUUAGUUCAAAAUCAAUCGAAUUUUACUAAUCAUUUAUUUACUUCAAUUCAUGAUAUAGAAGAUAUGUUCCAACUGGGUAAAUCUUUAAAAACAUGUCCUUAUUAUACUUCCAAGACUUCUAUAGAGAAUUCGGAAAUUAUCACAUUACCGUACCAAUAUCUUUUAUCACAAUCAACAAGAUUAUCUUUAAAUAUCGAUUUAAAGGAUUCCAUUGUAAUAAUCGAUGAAGCUCAUAAUCUUAUAGAUACAAUAAAUUCUAUUUACUCUUCCAAGAUCCUUCUCUCAGAUUUAAUUAAAAUUAAAACUGGUCUAAAUUCAUAUUUGAAAAAAUUUAAAUUGAAGUUAAACCCGGGAAAUAGAAUUAAUCUAUUGAAGAUUUUAAAAUUAGCAAACAUCUUGAUAGAAUUUAUUCUUUAUUAUCCCAAGGAUUCAAAAAAUAUUAAAAUUGAUCCAAUGGAUUUUUUCGAAGGUUCAAAUGCAGACAUUUUAAAUAUUCAUAAAUUACAAAAAUAUAUCAAAAUUUCUAAGAUAUCAUACAAGAUUGAAGCAUUUAUUCAAAAUUCUAAUGCAAAUAAUUCAAACAUAGCCAACUCCCCUUCUACUACUUCACCAGUUUUAUUUAAAUUAUCAAAAUUUUUAUCUUCACUUUCAAAUCCUUCUAAUGAAGGUCAAUUCUUUAUCGAUUUAAAGGAAAAUUCCAUAAAUUAUAUGUUGUUAGAACCUUUCCAUCCUUUCCAAUCAAUCAUUAAUGAUGCAAAAUGCAUUAUUUUAGCAGGUGGGACCAUGGAACCCAUCAAUGAUUUUGUCGAUAAUCUAUUAAUUAAUAUUCCAAAAGGUCAAAUAUCGACUUUUGCAUGUAAUCAUAUAAUCCCAGACGAUUAUUUAACUACUUUUAUUAUAAAUAAUCCUAUUUUUGAUUUCACUUUUGCCAAGAGAUCAAAUUUAAAUUUAAUUAACAAUGAAUUAUUCAAUUUUUUCAUUAAAUUAUCCAAUCAAACUCCCAAGAAUGGUGGAAUUGUAGCAUUUUUCCCAAAUUAUGAUUAUUUAAAAUUAAUUAUUGAUAACUGGCAAAAGAUUAAUAUUUUCGAUAAAAUUGACAAAAAUAUUAGACCAAUUUUUUUUGAAACAAAAGAUGGGCCGGAUAUUUUACAAGAUUAUAUAACCUCAGUAGAAAAUUCUUCAAAAAUUGCUUCUAAACUAGGUGCUGGGAUCUUGUUUUCCAUUGUAGGAGGUAAAUUGUCUGAAGGUAUCAAUUUUCAAGAUAAUUUAUGUCGUGCUGUAGUAAUGGUUGGGUUACCAUAUCCAAAUAUCUUUAGUAAUGAAAUGCUAAUUAAAAAAAAUCAUUUAAAGGAUAAAAUUUUGAAAAAUGGCGGAACAAUUAAUCAAGUUAAUGAAAAGACAAAAUUAUUCUAUGAAAAUAUUUGUAUGAAAGCAGUUAAUCAAAGUGUUGGGAGAGCGAUUAGACAUAAAGAUGAUUUUGCAAAUAUUUAUCUUUUAGAUAGACGAUAUGCCACCGAUGCAAUAAAGUUGAAACUAUCAAAUUGGGUUAGAAAAAGAGUCAUAAUUUCAAGUAAAAUUGAUGAGGUUAUGCAUCAGACUAAUUUAUUUUUUAAGAAAAAAAGAUAA